AUGAAGUUCACCAUCGCCGCCCUCGCCUCCUCCCUGGCCGUCGUCAGCGCCUACCCCAUCACCGGCACCACCGUCAACUGCCGCUCCGGCCCGGGCACCUCCUACGCCGUCAAGAAGAGCUACAGCCUCAACGACGACGUCAAGAUCUCCUGCCAGGCUGCCGGCACCUCCGUCAGCGGCAACAACAUCUGGGACAAGACCCAGGACGGCUGCUAUGUCGCCGACUACUACGUCCGCACCGGCGUCAACGGCUAUGUGACCGACAAGUGCGACGGCAGCGGCUCAUGCGCUGCGCCGGCGUCCAACUCGGCGACUGUUGAUCUGAUUGCUAAGUCGGAGGGCUUCCGCGCUAGCAUCUACACCGAUGCCACCGGCCACGCCACCGUCGGCUACGGCCACCUGUGCACCAAGUCCAAGUGCGCCGAGGUGCCCUACAGCAUCCCCCUCUCCACCGCCAACGGCAAGAAGCUGCUCGCUUCCGACAUGCGGAAAUUCGAAACCUGCAUCACCAACAUGCUCAACUCCAAAGCCGUCCUCAACCUCAACCAAUACGGCGCCCUGGUCAGCUGGUCCUUCAACGUCGGCUGCGGCGCGGCCGAGGGUUCCCAGCUCAUCAAGCGUCUCAACGCCGGCGAGACGGUCAACACCGUGCUGGCUGACGAGCUCCCCAAGUGGGUCCACGGCGGCGGUGUUGUGCUGCCUGGCCUCGUCACUCGUCGCAAGAAUGAGCUCGCGCUUGCGAAGACUUCGGGGUCGGGGGCUGCGCUGCCUGUUAAGUGCUAG